AUGCGAGACCUCGCGGCUCAGGUAACGAGCAGCCUGCUGCCAUUUCCCGAGGUGACCAUUCAGGCUCUUGGGGAAGAUGAGCUCACCCGAGGUUCUGUGCUGCGUGGGCGGUUUUCCAGAGGGAGAGGUGGCCUGGCCUGGCUGGCGUGUGGCCCUCAGCUGGAGGUCGUGAGCGCUGUGACGGGAGAGCGGCUCUCUGCACACCGUUUCAGUGGAGCCCGUGAGCAGCCUCCCACCAUCCGCGUGGUGAAGGAGGUUUCCUGGCAGACGGGAACGGGGCUGCUGGUUGGCUUGAGAGAAGCAGAGGGAAGUGUUCUCUGCCUGUACGACCUUGGAACAUCAAGCGUGGUUACAGCAGUACUUCUGCCAGGAAGGGUAACUGCUGUAGAGCCCAUAACUAACCCCGGAGGAGCCAGCGUGAGGCCUUGGCACCUGCACCGGGCUCUGCAAGGGUUUUGUGGCGUGGCAGCGGUGGCGACAGAUGUUGGUCAUCUGCUUGUGGUGGACCUUGGUUUGGAUGAUCUCUCUUGCAGUCAGAGGGAGAAUGAACCAUCGGGUCUAACAGUUGUCACUAGAGCUGCUGCUGGCGUUUCACAAGGAAGAGCAACCGUGAGCAGAGCAGGGAGACAUCUCUGCCUUCAGUUACAGUGUCCUUCAGGAACAGCAAUAUCGACCCUGUGCUACAUCAGCAGAAGCAACCAGCUCGCCGUGGGUUUUUCCGAUGGCUCCCUGUCACUGUGGAAUAUGAAAACUCUGCAGCGGGAGCACCACUGUCAGCUUGAAGGAGGAAGGAUUCCUGUCUGCGCCGUUACUUUUCAAGAGCCUGAGCAUGAUCCUCGCAACUGCUGCUACUUGUGGGCUGUUCAGUCGACGCAAGAAAGUGAAGGCGAUGCCAUGAGUUUACAUCUGUUGCAGUUAGCGUUCGCAGACAGGAGGCGCUUGGCUUCAGGACAAGUCAUGUACGAGCGUUUGGCAUCCUGUGUUGAAAAGUACAGUUUGGAUCUGACGGGUGGAGCCUUUCCCUUGAGAGGGCAGGGCAGCAAGGCCAAGUUACUCAGCUGUCAGGCUGUAGAAAUCUUUCCCAACUGCAUUGACAGAGAAGACAGCGUUGGUGAAGUCAUAUCUCCUGGCACCAGUGUCUCCAUCUUCAGCUGGCAAGUGAAUACACGUGGCCAGGGAAAACCAUCUACUUAUUUGGGUGUAUUUGACUUUGACUGCUGGUAUCAGGCUCAAAUGCCAGUCUCACUAAGGCCAGAAGAAUCCCUUCAGGACUGCCCCUAUUUUGCACUGUGGUCACUGGACGCUGUGACAAGCACGACUGCUCCAAACCUCCUUCUGGAUGUUGUGGUGCAGGAGCGCAGCCUAAGCUGGAGAGUUCCUCCUUCUUAUCCACAACCUGAGCUGUGUUUUCAUCCAAGCACCUAUAAUUUUGAUGGCACGUGCCUGCUGAGCUCUGGAGUUGUUCAUGUGACGUGCAGCGGCUUCCAGAAGGAGGUGAUCUUUUACUGUAUCUUUAUUGAGAAUGUCAAGAGAUGGACCUUUCCUAAGCUUUCCAUGGCGCUGCUUUCGGUGUCAGAGGAGCAGUUAGAGGCGGUCUUGUCAGCUGCUGCCCAGACAGGUUCUGUAGGGCUUCUGACUGGCUGCAUUAAGCUUUGGACAUCUAAAGAGCAGCCAAGUUCUGCUGCUAAUUUACAGUUGGCCCUUGACUGGACGUGGAGCAGAGUGAUCUAUACAAAAGGCGCAUUUGACCGAAUCUGUGUUGCGCUGUUUGACGGCUCCUGCAGCUCCACUGACCCGCAGAUGUUACAGGCUCUGCAGCACCACCAGUUGCUUUUGAGCAACCUUAGCACAGUCUUGAACUGUUUUCUAACAGAGGCACAAGAGCUCUCUGGAGAAGCUUCUGUUGACUUGACAAAUAAGCUGGCGGUGACCAGCCUCGCAGCUUUGUAUGCACGAGUGCUCCUCUGGUUCUGUGGGUCCCGCCUCCUGCCCGAGGGCUCAGGUGAUGAGAUGCGUUUCUCUAGACCUUUCUACAAUUAUCCUCUGAUUCGGAGCUACUACGCUGGUCGUCGACAGCAACUGGAGCGUUUAUCAAGAGGCAAACGGGACUCUGACUGCCUGAUGAUCGAUGGGAUGGUUUCCCAGUUAGGGGACCGAGUUGAGAAGCUGUGGCGGAGAGAUGAAGGAGGAACGGGGAAAUACCCACCUCCUAGCUUAUGGGCACUGAUGGAGCUCUAUUUGCUAGAAGGCGUUGAAGAAAGCCACAAACAUGCAAUCACAAUUUACUUGCUGCUAGACAUCAUACAUUCCUUUCCGAACAAAACAGAAGCUUCCGUCGACUCCUUCGCAGCUGCCUUUGCCAUCCCUUCGGGCCUUGUUAAGCUUAUUCAAGGAUUUUGGCUUCUAGACCACAAGGACUAUGAAAAUUCCCUGGCCCUGCUCUUUCACCCAGCUACAAUCAAACCUGUGUCGUGGCAACACAUGAGAAUUCUUCGGUCCCUCAUGUGCCAAGGAGAGCACAGGCGAGCCCUCAGAUACAUGCAGGUGAUGAAGCCACCAUUCUCAAGCAGUCGUGAAGAGCGGCUUUUCCUCACUGUGCUGUUGUCCAAUAGGUGCAUGGCGGAGGCUUGGGCUCUGCUGCAGGAAGACACCGCUCAGUUAAAGGAGGAAGAGCUAUUAAAAGACAUGUAUGACAUCUGUCGGGGGAUGGGACUAGUGGGAGACUUCCUGAGGCUGCCUUUCACAGACUCUGAACAAAAGUGUUUGGAGAAAUUUUUACGGAUUCAUGAGAUUCUUUUAGCCCGGCACCUGCAGCGUGCCAACUGUAUGGCAGCACCACAGCUGAACCAGGCGAUGAACGUUCAUCUCAUGAAUGAUCGUGCUCCUCGCUGGAGACAGAGAGCAGUUGCCAGAAAUUCUCUCUCAGCCCAGCACGGCAAGACCCUUCCUAGAGGUCAGAGGCAGCUGGCUGUAGAGAGAGCCAAGCCUUACCAUCUGCCUUCGUCCGGACCAAGAGAAGCUGCAAGACCAAAGCCAUUCUGGACAGUAACAAAACCAGCUAAUGCAGGAAAUGUGGAUCCAAGGGCACCUUUCAGCAGUCGUGUGUUGGCCAACAGCUUCCUGAAGGACGAGAACGGCACGCUCAUCUCCGCAGGAUCCAACAGUGAUGUGGGCCAGAAAAGAGAUGAAAACUUUGAGGAAGAAGAAGGAGAUAAAAAUGAAAAAGGAAGGGAAAAAGAUGAUAAAUGGGAACCACUGGAUAACCUGCCGCCCCCAUAUCCUAAUAAUUCACCUCUGGCAGCGGCUUCCCCUCCAGUGGCCGUAGUAUCUCCACCAGUCCCACCGUUAUCCCUGCCUCCCCCACCAACAGCACCGGAAUUAGAUAAACCACCGGCUGCAUGUACGAGAAGUAGGACUGCCGUAUCUGAGGGGGCUUGUCUAUAUCCCUUACGAGAGGUACCCCUCGGAGGCAAUCAGGGAGGCAUCGGGUUUGUGGCAGUCCCAUUAAAUACCACAGAUGUAAGAAACUUUAAGAAAGAAAUGGGGACCCUAUUAGAUGAUCCCCUCGGAGUAUCUGAAAAACUAGAUCAAUUCCUAGGCCCCAAUACUUACACCUGGGAAGAAAUACAGUCCAUUUUAGGAAUCCUAUUUACUGCUGAAGAAAGGGGAAUGAUUAGACAAGUUGGAAUAAGGAUUUGGAAAAGACAGAAUCAGGCAGGGCUCCCGGGAGAUCAGAAAUGGCCAAAUGUGGAUCCCCACUGGGAUCAUCAACAACCUCAAGGAAGACAGAAUAUGAGGGAUUUGAGAACGUUAAUCAUACAGGGAAUAAGGGAAGCGGUUCCCCGAGGGCAAAACAUUAAUAAAGCAUUUAAUGAACAACAAGGAAAAGAAGAAUCUCCAACAGAAUGGUUGGAGAGGUUGAGGAAAAGCUUACAAAUGUAUUCUGGAAUUGAUCCGAAUACAGUGGCUGGGACCGCAAUCCUUAGAACACAAUUCGUAGCCAAAUCUUGGGGGGAUAUAAGAAGGAAAUUAGAAAAGCUGGAAGACUGGCAAGAAAGAGGAUUAGAGGAGUUACUUAGAGAAGCCCAAAAAGUUUAUGUUAGAAGGGAUGAAGAAAAACAGAAAGCAAAAGCAAAAAUUUUUGUAGCAGCAGUAAGAGAAAGUCAGAAAAAUAAGACUCCGUCUGGAGAGAAAAGGGAAAAAAAAAUAGAGCAGACACCCCCGCGACAACCUUACCGAGAGAGAUUUACAACUCCUGUCUGUUACUACUGUAACAAGAGAGGACACGUUCAGAAGAACUGCCGAAAACGGGAACAAGAUGAGAGAAUGUUUAAAGAAGAAUAG